GUCAAUAUGAAAUAUGUCAUGUGUCAUUUAUUGUUCAAUAUGGUUAUCAAGUUGAACAAAAUGUUUUAAACCGUUUUAUAACAUUGAAUUCGAGUUCCAUUUGUGUCCCUUUCGGGUUAUGUGUUUGGAUAAUGGUAUUUGUACUGGUACCAUUACCCUUAUCAAUUAUCAAUUUAUUUACUCUAGUUUGGUCAAUAUUGUUUGUGUGAUAGUGGAAAGACCGAAGGAAUGCAAUUUAACCGAUGACGUCCCGGAUUUAUUGAUGUAAUCUCUUGAUAUCAAACUACACCUCGUUUGUACCUAUUUCCUAGUUCUACUAUGUGAUAAGAUCCUGAUAGGUAUUUGAAACCAUUCACACUGUGCUUUACUUUACAGAAUACGAUCGAAGAUGUGUCCUGUUAAACAACUGUCAAAUGAUCCAUAUGCAUGAUUCGUUUUGUUGAUUUUAACUUCUCUAUGGGGGAUGAGGACGUUGCUGCCCUUGUUAUUGACAAUGGAUCUGGUAUGUGCAAAGCUGGCUUCGCCGGAGAUGACGCUCCCAGAGCCGUGUUCCCAUCCAUUGUUGGAAGACCUAGACAUCAAGGAGUGAUGGUGGGAAUGGGUCAAAAAGACAGUUAUGUGGGAGACGAGGCUCAAUCGAAACGUGGUAUCCUGACUCUAAAGUACCCGAUUGAACAUGGUAUUGUGACUAACUGGGAUGAUAUGGAGAAGAUAUGGCACCAUACAUUCUACAACGAGUUGCGAGUGGCUCCAGAAGAACACCCAGUGUUGUUGACAGAAGCCCCAUUGAACCCAAAAGCGAAUCGUGAGAAGAUGACACAGAUCAUGUUUGAAACUUUUAAUGUCCCAGCUAUGUAUGUUGCUAUUCAGGCGGUGUUGUCACUGUAUGCAUCCGGUCGUACAACUGGUAUCGUGUUGGACUCAGGUGAUGGUGUGACCCACACGGUUCCAAUUUACGAAGGUUAUGCAUUGCCCCAUGCCAUUUUGCGUCUGGACCUUGCUGGUAGAGAUCUUACCGACUAUAUGAUGAAGAUCCUGACUGAGAGAGGUUACAGUUUUACUACUACUGCAGAACGUGAAAUUGUCCGAGAUAUAAAGGAGAAGCUUUGUUAUGUUGCUUUGGAUUUUGAGCAGGAGAUGGGUACUGCAGCAUCGAGUUCUGCUUUGGAGAAGAGUUACGAACUUCCAGAUGGUCAAGUUAUCACUAUUGGUAAUGAACGAUUCAGAUGUCCAGAAGCUCUUCUCCAACCUAGUUUCCUGGGGAUGGAAUCCGCCGGUAUUCAUGAGACCACUUACAACUCCAUCAUGAAGUGUGAUGUAGAUAUACGAAAGGAUUUGUAUGCAAAUACAGUAUUGUCGGGUGGAAGUACAAUGUAUCCUGGUAUUGCUGACCGUAUGCAAAAGGAGAUUAGCGCUCUAGCCCCCAGCACUAUGAAGAUUAAGAUAGUUGCACCACCUGAGAGGAAGUACUCUGUAUGGAUUGGUGGUUCUAUUUUGGCUUCAUUAUCAACAUUCCAACAGAUGUGGAUUUCCAAACAGGAAUAUGAUGAAUCUGGUCCCGGUAUUGUUCAUCGCAAAUGCUUUUAAUUUUUGUUUGUAAUAAAUUUAUCCUCAUUA